AUGCCCCAAGGCCAUGGGACAAGGCUGUCCCGCCCAUCCAAAACCUGCAUAAAAGCCGGCCCAGGGCCUCUCUCCCUCACACACUUCUCCUCACGCCUUCUCCUCCUGCUCCUGCUGAAAACCAGCCCUGCCUCACCCCGCUCUCUUCCAGGCACCCUCCACACCACACCCAUGGCCUGCUACAACCGCUGCAGUCCCUGCGGACCCACCCCGCUGGCCAACAGCUGCAACGAGCCCUGUGCCCUGCAAUGCCAGGAUUCCCGCGUCAUCAUCGACCCUUCCCCUGUGCUGGUCACCCUGCCAGGACCCAUCAUGACCUCCUUCCCCCAGAACACCGCCGUCGGAUCCACCUCCUCCGCUGCUCUGGGCACUGAGCUCAAUGCCCAGGGACAGCCCAUCUCGGGCGGAUUUGGCUUUGGCCUUGGCUACGGCCUGGGAGGCCUGGGCUGCUAUGGCAGAAGGGGCUAUGGCUCCAUCUGCUAA